AUGUGUCGACACAUUCUAUCGACUGUUAUCGUGGCCUAUCGCCCACUUCGCCUGGAGGAAUUAGGCCAGCUCUCAGGUUUACCGUCUAGUAUUCAGGGAUCGACUGACUAUAUUUCGAAGAUCAUAAGCAUGUGUGGCUCCUUCCUGACAAUUAGAGACAACGUUUCUGCCAAGGACUUUUUGUUCUUAAGCCUAUUCCUCUUUCCUUCUGGCAUUACGCACCAGCACCAUGCCCUCUUCUCGAGGUCGCUAGGGGCUCUGUUAGAAACCCUUCAACGUGAUAUUUACAACCUAAGCAACCUAGGAUUUCCCAUCGAUUAG